GAUUCCCAAGCCGUCUCGUCCAAUCAAAAUCCCUCAAGCACACUGCCUUUGCACGCGUCGCAACACGAGUAGAUGUGGACUUGCUGCGAUCAUCAACGCUUCCAAGCACCCAUGCCAGCCACCAAAACACUCCCCAGCACUCAAAAAGAAAAACCCAAAGAAAUUCACGCCUACAUGGCUCGCCCGUGCGCACGGAGACAGCUGGCGCCCACCGUGGCAGAAUCUGAGCUUCUCUCGGCACACGCUCUUCAGACUGUGCUUCACACCUUCCCUACAGCGCCCAAACUGAACUCUAGGGUCCCCUUCCUCCUCCCCAUCCUGUAACAACUAGCUGUCAGAUAUGAACUACUCACUAGCUAUGGACAGCCCGUUUAACACUGCGUUGUUAUCCCCAGAAGGACGUGCUGUGUAUCGCAUCGAUACGUACCUGAGCUCGUUUACGACUACGCUUAAGAAAGUGGUUGGUGGGCAGAGUGAGGUGGAGAUUGGGAGGGUGGUUUGGCAGUCUGGUAGAGCUGGGACGGCUGUGGUUCAUGGACAUGAGAUAUACGUCAACAAGAGCAGUUUUUUCAGCUCGUCGAGAACGUUCACAGCGCUGAAUGGGCAGUCGUAUAAAUGGACGUUCCAUGAAGGAUCAGCACUGAUGGCAAGCAACGAUAGCAGACAAGCACCAGUUGCUACUUACACACCAGCAACGAGAUCAAAUCCGGGGCUUCUACACGUAACACCCCAUGGGCUCACCAUCACAGGAGACGUCAUCCUAAGCUUCGUCUGCGUCGAAGGCGAACGACGACACGCGAUGAGGAAGAGCCUAAAAUGAUGUCAUCCUCCGGAGGAAUUUCAAACGUCCAAACCCAAACCCAAACCACUUAAGCUUGCCGAUCGUUGUUUUUAAAAAUUUUCAUGGACUGCGUCUCUUUUUCAUUCGUUCGUUUCAUUCAUUCGACGCAGUCACGAUAUUCAUUUGCAGUUAUAAUGUACACAUUACCAGCGCUCCUUACCAUGCACGUGUGUGUUUUUCUUACCAUGUGUUUUUUCCACUGAUUUCCUGAGAUUAUAACGACGGUUCUAGAUACUUUUUAUAGAGUAUAUAACUUGGACAUUCAUGUAUCAUCUUUUUUUUUUGGUGUGGGCCGACGGGCACCGGGUCCUGUAUUUUUUGUCGAUGUUUACAUACAUGUAUGCUCAUUUAACUGUGAUUUCUUAAGC